AUGGAAACUUCUUGUCCUGGUUUUGAAAUUUUGGAAACUGGAGGAAUUUCCUGUGACUUAAAAGAGAACAUUCUACAUAUGCACAACGAUCUCAGGAAUUCAAUCGCCAGUGGAUCUGUUGAGGGACAGCCUCCAGCAUCAAAUAUGCGUGAAUUGUACUGGGACGACGAAUUAGCUGAAGGUGCCCAAAAAUGGGCCAACCACUGCACGUUCGCCCAUAACAGCGAAGAAGAUCGUCGUGUCGAAAGAUUCAGAAGAGUCGGUCAAAACAUCGGCAUAACCCGCAGCAGAUCCCUGCACCCGUCAGAUAAAAAAGACUUUGCGCGCCAAAUUCAAAAAUGGUUCGACGAAAAUAUUUAUUUCCAUUUUAAUCCAAUUAAUCCGAAGGAUGUCCAGAAUUCGGGACAUUACACUCAGCUCGCAUGGGCGAACACUUACCUUGUGGGUUGCGGGUUCACUAGAUAUCGUGACCAAAACGUCACUUACCGACUCUAUGUGUGCAAUUAUGGGUCAGCUGGAAAUACUUUCGCUAGCCUUCCGUAUAAUAAAGGAAAUUUAAAUUGCCCAGAAGGUUUCAGUCCGUCGGUAAAUUACCCAGCGUUGUGUAGUAAAAACAACCGUGAAGAUUUAAUUUGUGAAGACUCCGAUGAUAAGUCAAUUAAUUCGGCGAGUUCAAGCUUGCCACCAUCGAUGGAAACACGAAAAUCUUUGCCAGAAGAUUUAGGUUAUUUCGAAAAAGAUGAGAAAGAUGAUAGCGCUGUGGAAGAUCGUCGACUAUUAAAUGCAAUCGUAGCAGCACCUGAGGAUCGCGGUUCGCGUGAUGGAGUUUACGUUAAAGAUCUAAGAGUUGAUACCAUGUACAAUAUCUUCUACUACUGGAGAUCGCGUGACUGA